AAAUUGGCUAGGAACCAUCCGCCUCCACACCAUCCACCUACCACACCAUCCACCUGCCAUAUCAUCCACCUACCACACCAUCUACUUACCACACCAUUCCCACGUCUUUCACAAGACUAAAUAAUCAUGUCAUAUUCGUUCCACCGCUUUCUCGACCUCCCUUGGGAGCUGAGAGAGAUGAUUUGGAAAUACGCGAUCCGUCCAGCCCGCCCAGGAGUUCAAGUCUUCUCCGUUUACAACUAUGACGAGGAGAAGAAUGACACCAAUACGAUGAACGAUGUUGGACUCAAUCCUACACGAAACACUUAUAUCCGCCUUUCAGCUCCGAAAUGGGGGCCAAGAUCCAUUGGCGAUAAAUUCCGUGACCCAAAAGUCACUGCUUCAUGGACCCACAACAACCCAUCAACAUGCCUUACUGACGGAGGACUCUGGACGGCCUGUGAGGAAUCGAGACUCAUAAUAAAAAGCGAGUUCCAAAGUCUGGAAUGGAAAACGGCCUGGAAACCCCAUUGCUCCGGAUGGCGCGAUUUCUACAACCGGGAUAAGCCAAUCUCGGUAACAAGCUAUUACAAGGGCGAGGAGUCGUUGGAAAAUCACUAUUUCACCAUUUUCCCGAACCAUGACCUCUUUUACUUGCAGCCACACAACCUUAGAACUCUUGACUGGAGCCAAAUUGCCUUCGACCUCUCAUUGGGCCCAUACUGGUUGGGAGGAGAAGGCAUGGAUAACGUCGCUCUGGAAUUUGAUCCGAAUUGGGUCCUUGAAGUCGAAAAGGCUGGGCCUGACGACCGCGAAAUCGAAAUAGUGGACGUUUUAGCCACUGCGGCCAUCGAAGGAGCUGAUGAGGGCCACAUCUGCACAAUUUGGCUCAUUGAUUACGGCAUCAAACGAAAUCCCGAAGCGCCUCUGCCUGCGGAACGGGGACUAGAUGCGACGUUUCACCAAGGUGAUCGCCGUUUUGUCGACGUACGAAGUCCCAGAUCACAUUCAGAAACACCUGCGUGGAAUGAGUAUUAUGAGCUGGAUGGAUGUUCCAUUUCUUGUCGUUCGUUUAUUCGUCAAAUUGAACUGGAGAUUGAGAGCAGGGGAUAUAGACAAAACUUGAACGGUACAGACCAGUCCCUUGAAAGGAUUGCUGAGUUUAGAGUUCUAGCGUGCGAGUACAACUAAGACAUCCGAGCUGGGUUUUGGUAUAAUUGCAAUAUUAAGUAGUC